UGCAAUAACAAUGAUAGCUCCGUGGGGUGCGUUGCUGGUGUGCGCGACCGCGUUCCUGAGGAUCGAAGCUCAGUCCACUGAGCUGAGGGUGGACAUCACCCAAGGGCCAGUCAUAGGCUACAAGGUUCCCGAUACUGAUGUGUUCGCAUUUAAUGGCAUUCCAUACGCUACCGCACCUACGGGAACCGACAAAUUCAAGGCACCCCUGCCACCACCAACAUGGACCGAGCCUUUCGAAGCCAAAGACAAUCGUAUUACUUGUCCUCAACUAUUAUUUUUGGAUAGAAAUAUCACAGAAGACUGUCUCAUUGCAAACAUAUAUGUCCCUGACACAGAAGCGACCAACCUUCCUGUGUUGGUUGCAGUUCAUGGAGGAGCUUUUCAGAUAGGCUAUGGAGAUCUCGAUAAACCUGUUAGCCUGGUCAAUACUAAGAGACUGAUUGCAGUCAACUUUAAUUAUCGACUCGGAGCGCAUGGAUUUUUAUGUUUGGGCACAGAAGAUGCACCCGGUAACGCUGGAAUGAAAGACCAAGUCGCUCUUUUACGGUGGGUGAAAGCGAACAUUGCCGCUUUCGGUGGAAACCCUGAUGAUGUCACUGUCGUUGGCUGCAGUGCCGGCGGUGCUUCAGUUGAUCUUUUAAGACUUUCAAGUACCACUGAUGAUCUGAUGAGUAAAGCCAUGCCAGCUAGCGGUGGUAAUGCCGGCUCAUUCGGCAUUCAACUUGAUCCAGUGGCAAAUGCAAAGUUCUAUGCAAGUGCUUUGGGUUUCGAGAAUGUUGAGGAUAUCGCUGCGCUUGGUGAAUUUUACAAAACUGCGCCUCUCCUAACAUUACUAUCUAGACCGGAGCUAAUUUCUACCCGACCGGAUUCAAAUGUGAUAUUCGCUCCGUGCGUUGAAAAAGAUAUUGGUGUUGAAAGAUUUCUUGAAGAUGCUCCUGUGAAUAUAUUGAACAAAGGCGAACACAAAAGUAUGCCAUUACUGUAUGGGUUUGCUGAAAAAGAAGGUCUAAUACGAUUGGGUAAUUUUGAGAUAUGGAGACAUUUGAUGGACGCCAAGUUUUCAGACUUCUUACCGGCUGAUCUUGAAUUUAGCUCGGAGGAUGAAAAAGAAGAAGUGGCGAGCAGAGUUAGAGAAUUUUACUUUGGAAAUCAGACGAUAAAUGAAGGAAGCAUAUUGGCUUACAUUGAUUAUUUCUCGGAUGUGCUAUUUGCAUAUUCUAUGCUGCGGUCAGUCAGACUGAAUUCCAAAGGUAAUAAUAAUAGCCCAACAUAUUUGUAUGAAUAUUCUUUCUAUGACGAGAAUACGCCGAUUAUACCUCAUACAAAUGAGCGCGGGCCGGACCACUGUGACCAGUAUACUCCUAUAUUUGACAUCGAUGAGACUGAUAUCUCUCAAGAGUAUAGAGACAUGAUAGCCGUGUUAAGGAGUAUGCUUAUUGACUUCGUUACGACUGGUAACCCAGUGGCUGCCGGUUCAGUACUGCCUCCGUGGAGCCAUGCUGACGCGACCAGGGCCCCACACGUCUACUUGGGAGUCAACGUGACCCUCAGGGGGCCACUCAACCAGGAGCGUGCUGAGCUCUGGGACAGCAUAUAUGACCAGCACUACCGUACACCCAUUUCUCCUGGUAACACUGCCUCUAUCACCAGAAUGGUCAGCUCUCUAUGGAUCCUGUACUCAGUAGUCAUCUUUAUUAUGUAAUGG